UAAUUACCCGGCAACUCGGGCGGGAAGCCGUUACUUAGUUAAUAAUAAUAAUUAAUAAAAUGCCAAGUAUCGAAGAAGACGAUUGUCUGUGGAUAGUUCAAAAGGCAAAGGAGAAGCUCCAAGAAAACCUACGCCAUGAAGCGCAUGCUUGGAUUCUGACGGCUAAAUCUCUCUUCCCUUUCAGAUUCAUUGUGCAGUAUGAGGCCUUCAAACUUCAUUUGGCAUGCAACGAGCUCCAAGGUGCAGCCCAAACGCUCGUUGAAUUGUGCACUCGCUUCCAGAAAGAGGAGGAGCUUCAAAAGUUAGUCGGACAACUCGUUGACGAACUGAGUGGACUCGAUAGUUUGGAAGGGGCAGAGUCAAAAUCAGAGCUGAGAGACGUGUUUGAGCUGUUGCCUCCGUCAAGUCAAAAGACUGUUUUAAUUGGGACGGCAGAGAAUAUUGUGGAUGUGUUAUGGAGAGCAAAGAUAACAAUUGUAAUUCUGAAACGGUUUCCGGAAACAGUAACAACCCUUGGACUUGACUUGUACGACUCACUAGCUCAAUCUUCUUCUGGUACUUGUACUUCAGCUGUCAGUGACUCUCACAGGAACGUACUAGUGACGGAAUUGAUCCCACUCCUUGCUACGUCAGGAUGGAUCGUCAUAGACCAACCCACGUUGAGAUCAUCCGGUCAAACUCUCGUCCUUAAGACCAGUCACAUAUGCCAAUGGCUUGAAGUCUCUGCCUGCUACUUGACGACCAUUACAGUUGAGAGGACACUCGGAGGGAAAAAUUUAGCCAUUGGGCAAUCUUCAUUAUCAGGGAAGGCUGCUUGGGAGUGUCUUCAUAAGAUAUUUCUGAUGGUUGCUGAAAAGUGUGGCUGGGCUCAAAUAGUACUUAGUAAUAAGCAGAUCAGCCCUCACUUACCUGCCAAGGUACGUUGGAAAGGUUUAGAGUACGUAUCCGGAUUCAGUUCGUCUCAAAGAGUUCCCUUUGACCCUCCAAGACAAGUAGCCAUUGCUUGCUUCUACAUCAGCGUGUUCCUCUUCUUCGAGACAGCUUGGUCCUAUUACUCACACGUCCACCAAAUAACGGAGAACUCUGCAAAGUGUUGGGCUUUAAUUGAAGAUGUUUCUCUUGAGUCUAGAUUUUUGAAAGUGAAAAAGAAGCAAGAGGAGCAGCAGGCCCACUCGGUACUGGUGAAUCUACAGACACCUGGCACGAAAUCCAGCGAUUCUCACUUGGAGAAUUUUUUCGUUGCAAUUGAUUGCUAUAACUUCCUCCAUUCUUGCAAUACUUAUCGCAGUGAGUUUAGUCGUCUCUGUCAGCAGUGGAACACAUCAGAUUGGUCAUGGCUGGUUGCUUUUAAAGCAGACAUGAUGCUUUAUAAAGGAGAUAUUGAAGCAGUUAGAAGAAUCCUCCAACACGAAAGACAGAAAAUGAAAGCAAAUGAAAGAGAGAAACUUGAAAAUGUCAGAGUUUUAUUACAGCUGGUCAAUUCCUAUCUAUUAUUAGGCGACAUAAAGAAUGCAUGCAACUUGGCAACGGAACUGGUUGGACUUUUACCGGACGAUAAAGUGGAGGGACAUAGUCACCCAGAGACCCCACCACCACCACCAGGACAGGUCCCUAGUCGCUCACUUUAUUUGAUCGGAUGUACAAACGAGUCCAUUCUACCAUACGUGAUUAACAUUAUAACAUAUGCAGUUAAGGACGUAGUAUUUUCUGAUGCAUGUACUGACGUAGCUAUUGGCCAGUUGUUAGUACUAUUACAAUAUAAUUGGACAAGAAAUAAAGCAGAUCCCUCUCCUCUGAUGCCACUGAUGUCUCUCAUUAAGAAAAGAGGAAGUUUCACUUAUCAAAAGUUCUUCAAUUAUGUUGUUGUUGUUGACAUAUUGGAGGAAAUGAUGUACAUUAUUAAUCACACAAACACAAAAAUCAACAUAUUAAAUCAAGAGAACCACCCCAGAUCACGGGCAGUUACACGAGGAACCAACAGCAAAGUAAGAGAAGAGCUCCUUCAGUCAAUGGAGUCUCAAUUGAAACGCUGCAAUGAAUCUAUCAACAACAUACUGACUAGUUUCUUAAUACAGGAGAAGCUUUGUGUAGCAAUUACUGAUGAAUGAGAAAAUAACCAGUCAAGAAACACUUGUUUUGCUUGUUUCACACUUUCGUAAUUAAUCAUUAUUAACAUCAUUUGUA